AUGCCAGUGUUAUUAGUAAUCCCUGACCCCUUCUCAUCUGUUUCUACCACUUUUUCUCUUAUUUCUUUUUCUACACGCCUUGUACUCUCCACUCUAUUCUACUCAUCUUCCUGCUUUCGCUCCCAUCUCCAGUUGGAGGUAUAUCUAAAUGGCCUACGCAGCCUUCGUUCUCGGUGGGAAUCCUACGUUGCUGAACGUGAUGCACUUCGAAGCUGGUUAACCGGACGGAUGACGGCAAGCCGACAUCUGGUGGAAACGAAAUCACGGUCUUCACAGCCGAAGAGCGAAGAGGUCCGAGCUCUUGAGCACCCUGAACAGGUCAAACAUGAUUCCUGUGUUUUGCAGUGGCCCACAGUAAGAGAAGAAUCCUCAAUCGGUUCCAGACCUGACAUCAUCCACUUUAUCUCCUGA